AUGUCGACUCACAGUAAUCCAUUUGUCCAAGGAGGAUGGUCAGCGUCAUUUGGAAGGAGCGGAGAUUAUAGUGCCAACCCACCCUCUGUCUAUGGAGCUUUGCCAAUGUCAACAAGUACUGGCGCUGGAGGGGCGUCAAGGACUGGUGCAACACAUUUCCAGUUUAUGAACCCAAGUCCUACGAUUCUAAAUUCGAUAGUCGCCGGUCCACACCGCGACGGAAGUAUUCACCAGCUUGUGAAGAUAUCCACCGAUGAGCGACUUGCAGGAUAUACAGCCUUCACGGACGCACAAGGCCGCAGUGUUGCUCUGAUUGAAUGGACGAGCUCGCACCCGCAGGUCGAAGUUCGUGGCAGCGUGAUUAAAUGUGCUGCUGGCGACUGGCUUAAAGUUAUUAUGGAUCCAACUCUCGGAAGACCUGUUAGGCGCAUGGACGUACGCGGUUCUAGAUUUGUCUGGUGUCCAAAUGGUGAAGCCAUCCUUCUUUAUGCUCAGGCCUCAAAUUCUACCCCUCUCGCUGUUGCUACAAAGAAUAGAAACGUGGUGAACUUGGAGAUGAGCGACCAAGCUCUUUCCUGGGGUCUUCUCGAGCCUAGUAUCGUCGCAAUUACUCUUCUCCUCAGUGGAAGAAGGCUGGAAUGAUUGCUUCACUGUUCAACUCCGAAGUGCUCGCUGCCGCCGAGAGUAUCUCAAUCCAAGACCAAACCUAGACUAUGCUAUUAUAUUAGAGCUUAAUUUUUGCUUUUAGAACUGUAGCCAUAGCACUCACUUUCGUCAUUCUACACUGUUUAUACUUACUUGCCACCAC